AGUAUUUUGAAUAUUUUCCGGCACGUUCAGAAAUUCCAGAUAGUUUCUAGAGAAGAGGAAUUUUUAAGGUUAAUUUUUUCAGAGAGGAAAAAAUAUUCACUUUGUGAUAUAAAAUUGAAAGAGGAACCAAUUCGGCAAUUAUUUUAACUAUAUCAGAUUUCCGUUGGAUAAAAAUAAUUUCCCUUCGCUAGUAAAAACUUGUAACGGUUUUUGUGACUCAUCAUCAUAAUAAAGAAAAGUUUCCUGAUUUGCAAACUCAUAUUUUCUAAAAAUAGUUCAAAUUUUUUGAAUUUGAUUAUUUAAGUCCAUGGAUUUAAUGCAAUAGGCAAGCGUGAAAAAAACUUAAUUCUUUAUCAAAUAUUUCUUAUUUCUAAAUCAAAGAAAUAAAAAUGAAUCAUCAGUGUCAGUGUGGUGAUACACACAAUGAAGGAGAAUUAGGUGUACAAUACAAUCUUUAUCAAAAGAUUGAUUUAUCAAAUGUCGAAUGUUUGAAUGAAUCAGAAGAAGGAACUGGAGUUAAAGUUUUCAAACCAUGGGAAGAACGUUUAACUCGAUCAGAUUUUGUGGAGAGUGAUGUAGAUGAUGAAAUUCUCUUCAACAUUCCAUUUACCGGAAAUGUGAAAUUGAAAGGAAUAAUUAUUGUCGGAGGUCCUGGCGAUACACAUCCAUCUAGUGUUAAAUUGUUUAAGAAUCGUCCUGGAAUGACUUUUGAUGAAGUUGAGACUGAAGUAGAUCAAACGAUUGAAUUAGUUCGGGACCAAAUUGGAGUUCAUGAAUAUCCAAUUAAAGUGGUGAAAUUCUCGUCAGUGAAUCAUCUUACUCUACAUUUUACUGGUACUGCUGGCGCCGAUAAAACUCGUAUCGACUAUAUCGGUUUAAAGGGAGAAUGGACUGCAGCUCCCCGUCAGGGUGUCGUUAUAGCUACUUAUGAAUUACGUCCCCAGGCUAGUGAUCAUCCUCAGGAGCAGGAGGAUUUCACAAGGGAAAUUCAAUGAAGAAAAAAGUGUGAUAUUUUUCUCAAUUUAACAAAACAAAAAAUAAGUAUUUAAAAUAUUAAAAAAUCAAUCUGUAUACAAUUUCCGAUAAAUCCGGUUAUUGCUCAUAUUUUUUAAACAUAAUUUUUGUAAUGUAUAACUUUUAUGAUUUAUUCUAAAUAAAUCCAAAUUUAUUAACA